UGAUCAUAUUUGGGUGGCUGAAAGACCCUUUCGAACCAAACACACCCUCCCCUAAUAUGCUCCACCAACUCCACCCACUGGGAGCAGAUUGGAAAGAGCGCCCUCCAUUGACGAAAAAAGGUUUCACUCUGAUCUGGUAACCUUAACUUUUCAUAUGUUUUAAAUAGCUUUUCGUACCCGGCUCCCGACUUUUAAUAUCGACUAUUGUUUUGAUUAAAUUUGUCCGGAGUUGUCCAUUGUUAUUUGUGAAUUUUAUUCAGCAAAAUGGGUAAGCACCGCACCGAUUUGCCGCUGGAAAAGAAGAUUUAUGUUAUACGUCAAUCGGAAUCUGGAAUGAGCGCAAGAAAGCUUGCCAAAGAACUGGGAGUUGGAAAAACCCAAAUCGGUAACAUCAUCAGGCGCAAGGCCGAGUACUUGAGCAUGUAUAACAGCGGCAAUGCUAGCUUAGGUGUCAUGCGUCGGAAAUUUCGCAAAACGGGAAACGAGGCGGUCAACAGAGUCGUGUACGAGUGGUUCAGAAUCGCAAAGAGCAAGAACCUGCCGUUAACAGGACCGAUUAUUCAGGCCAAAGCCCUGUCGUUUGCGGAGCAGCUUGGCAACACGACAUUCACAGCAUCGAAUGGAUGGCUGGCCUCUUUUCGAAAGAGACACCAGAUUGUGUCGCUGAUCUCAACUGCUGGAUAUACUGGGACGACCGGUUCUACUGCUAGUGCAACCAAUGCAAACGUUACCAGAGCUUUUUGUCCAACCUUGCCAAAUCCUGUCAUUCCUGUACUAAACACAGCCCAAACACGCGAAUCACUUCAAAGUACAUGUACCCGCAGUGUCAGCAAUACCUUGAUUAAUCCAACUUCAAAUAAUACUAUUACUAGUACCAAUCCCAUUACAUGUAUUCCAACUUCCAAAACAAAUAUACCAGACAUCAUGCCAGACGUAGGCAGUGUGCAAUCAGAGGUUAACUUAAAUCAGUUCUCAGGAAUCUACGGAGACUACAAGCCAGAAGAUGUCUGGACUAUGGGAGAGGCUGGUCUAUAUUUCCAAGCUCUUCCUGUUGGUUGCACCGCUGAUCUUAAAUCGGAGAUGUGUCAGGGAGGGAGUCUUGCAGAGGAGAGACUGACGUUACUCCUCUGCUGCAGCAUGAUGGGAGAGAAGGAGAAGCCAGUUCUCAUUGGCAAAUCCUACUGGCCAAGAUGCUUCAAGAACCUGGACCUGAACAGCCUGCCAGUGGCCUGGUGCUCCAAUAACCACGCCUGGAUGACAUCGCAGAUCUUCGAGAACUGGGUGCAGGAACUAGAUAAGAAGAUGAGGCAACAGCAGAGGAAGAUUGUACUUUGUCUUCGCAACACUGAGUGCCAUCCUCAGGUGCCUCUCAGUAACAUCAAACUCCACUUCUUCCCUCCUGAUGCACCUGCCAAUGUGGAGCCACUUCAGCGGGGAAUCUUCAAGGCAGUGAAGGCAGGAUAUCGCAAGAUAGUUCUACAACAUUUGACAACUGCGAGCUACCAAAUCAGUGUCCUAGAAGCAGCCUAUUGGAUCGGGAAGGCAUGGCAAGAGCUGACUCCAGAAAGAGUGAAGAAGUGCUUCCUGGCUUGCGGCUUUCAAAACAUCAGAAGUGCAGUUACAGCCAAAGACCCCACCCAGUCUACAACUGACGAACUUUCUGAUCAGGAAGCGGAGAGGAUGAUGAGUAAUUUCGCCGAGGGCCAGGAAUGGCGGAUAUAUGUCACCUUCGAUGAUGAGCUGGCCACCCACAACACGGCACAAGGGAACUGGGAGCAACGGCUUGUGAACGAUCUCUUUGUCGAGGAAACUCUUGGCUCGGCCUCCGAAUCUUAUGAUGAGGAAUGUGAAGAUGGCGAUUCAGCCUCGACAGCGAUGGCCAAAGAUGUCAGUUUACAGCAGGUGAUGCAGUGCUUGGACCGGUGCCGGGAGUACGCCCUCCAGAAGGGCGACUCCUACGUCAUGUCCAAUGUCAUGGACCUGUACAUGCAUCUCUGCAAGAAAACCUGUGAGACCCAGACAAGACAGGAACUCCUAUCAGAGUUUCUUGCAAACAAGGAGCACAGGGGUGUUCAGAGUGAAACAGUAGAAGAAGGUGCCAAUGCUCCACCAUCCUCUAUACCUGCGAUCAUUCCACUAACCUCACCUUUAUUUAAAAACAUGGGACAAACUCCAUCACGCAACAUGUCUAUGGCUUCCAAUUAACCACAAUGAAGACUGAUGUACGUUGAAAAACAAUGAAAAGACAAAUUCUCACAAAUCCUCACAAGUCCAUUACUAGUAAAAUCACAAGCUAUUCAAAUAAACGGUGACAAAGACAGUCCUUUGUAAUUGAUUAUCUGCAGUCUAGUUGCUUGUGACCGUAAAUCCGUAAUUAUGAAAAGACUUGUGACUUUUAGCCAGACUUGUGAUGUACUUGACUACAACUCUUGCUUAGGGCACAUCAGUCAAACCUGUAACUCAAAAGAUGUGUUUCACAUUAAUUACAGACAACUCAAUCUUGUCCUUUUCAUGACACAGAUAAUAAUUCUGUCUACAUUUUUUUACAAAAAAAAAAACCUGUGGGGGAUCUUGAUGCUUUCAGUAGUAUAUUGGAUGCGCAACCUCCCUGUUCCAACCUGUCUGUAUUUAUCACGCACUCAAACGUAUCGAGCUAUUCCUUAAUCUUUUGUUUCAAAAACAGUCUGGCACUGUUGUCGCCAUCUCAUGGCAUUGUGGCUUUGCAGACUGAUAUGCAACUUUCUUUUAGCAUUAAAUUGUUUUUAACAAGA